CUCAAUGCCUCGAAAACUCUCAGCAACUUCUGUGAUCAGCAUCAUAACCACAUAUAUAUAGUACAUAUAACUCUAAUUUCUAACAAUGUUUUCCACAAAACCCAAUUACAAUCUCUAUACAUAUCAUUACUACUACUAAUAAUAAUAAUAAUAAGAUGGUGAUGAGCAAAUUGUAUUUAGAGAUGGAACAUGUUUUCCAAUACUUUGAUGAGAAUGGUGAUGGGAAAAUAUCAGCCUUGGAGCUAAGGAAUAGGCUUGGUGUUGUAUUGGUUGGAGAUGAGUUAUUGCCACUUGAAGAGGCAGAAGAGGCUGUGGAAUGCUUGGAUUUGGAUGGAGAUGGCUUCUUGGUAUUGGAUGAUCUUGUGAAUUUCAUGGAAUCGAGUACUCAUGAUGAUCAUGGUGAGCAGGAGAAGUUGCAAGAUUUGAGAAGAGCUUUUGAGAUAUAUGAUAUGGAAAGAGUUGGUUUCAUAACACCCAAAAGUUUGAGUAUGAUGCUUACUAGAUUGGGUGAGUCAAAAUCCAUUGAUGAAUGCAAAGUUAUGAUCAAACAUUUUGAUUUGAAUGGUGAUGGUAUGGUGAUGAGCAAAUUGUAUUUAGAGAUGGAACAUGUUUUCCAAUACUUUGAUGAAAAUGGUGAUGGGAAAAUAUCAGCCUUGGAGCUAAGGAAUAGGCUUGGUGUUGUAUUGGUUGGAGAUGAGUUAUUGCCACUUGAAGAGGCAGAAGAGGCUGUCGAAUGCUUGGAUUUGGAUGGAGAUGGCUUCUUGGGAUUGGAUGAUCUUGUGAAUUUCAUGGAUUCAAGUACUCAUGAUGAUCAUGGUGAGAAGGAGAAGUUGCAAGAUUUGAGAAGAGCUUUUCAGAUAUAUGAUAUGGAAGGAGUUGGUUCCAUAACACCCAAAAGUUUGAAUAUGAUGCUUACUAGAUUGGGUGAGUCAAAAUCCAUUGAUGAAUGCAAAGUUAUGAUCAAACAUUUUGAUUUGAAUGGUGAUGGUGUUCUUAGCUUUGAUGAGUUCAGGGUUAUGAUGCAGUAGUGGCUAUUAAUUAUAAUCAUUCAAUUUAUUGUUACAAUUCUUUAUUUAUUUAUUUUUUUUUUGUAUUUUGUAUGUUGUGUGUACAUUAAUACAAUUAAUAAUACUCAUAUUUAUUUAUUAUUUUCA